AUGGAAAAUCCAUUUCUCAUCUACAUGACUCGAUUAGAAAGAGCAAACCUUUUUCGAAAAAUCAUUGAUGUCGAGUCUCCCUUAUCUCCUGAAGCUACCGAUAAGCCGUUUCCACCUGUGUCAGCCGCUGUCCCAGAUUCCACUCUUCCCGGUCCAGCGUCUCUUGCCUCAUCUCAGACAGUGGUACUCCCUGCCCUUUCUUCGCCUUUAAACACAUCUAGAAAAAUUGAUUUUGAUGUAUCUCUGCCUGAUCAAUUUGUGUCUCCCAUAUCUCAUGAUGUUUUUGAUGUUCAAACUCUGUCUGUACCUGGUGAUCCUUAUGAUCCUUUGUCUCACAAUUUACCUAGGGAAAAUGUUGAUUUAGUUGCUUUAUCUGACCUAGUAAAUUCUUUGCCAUUUGCGUUUUCCAUUCGAAAUGUUGCCCAACAUGUGUCUGUUCCAACCGUGGCUUGUUCGGCCUUUUCUAUUCCCAUUACUAUUGCUGCGUCUAAAAGUCACUCUGAUCCUGUACCCAUUCCUGUUUCAUCUACGCAAGAAUCGGUUCCCAUUAUCUCUGUUCCUAUUGCUAAAUCUUCCCGAAAGGGAAAGGAGAAAAUCUCUGUUUCAGGUACUGCAGAAAAGAGAGGAUUGUCACAGUUGGAUGAUGUUGAAACUCAAACUGAUCAUAAACUUCAACGGAAGGGUUCCACAUUGCCACCCAGAACCACUUGGUCAAGAGCCCAAGUUGACACACAUGCUGUUCCUACGCCAUCUGGCUCCAAAUCGAAAGGAUCAAGCAAGGUCUACAAACCGCAUCUUCUGUCUCCCGAUUUAUUUGUUGUUUGGAAAACUCAUGUCAACCGGGUUUUCAUCGUCGAAAAAUCCAUCAAUGAAGAGGAUUUGGCUGCCAAGUGCAAUAUUAUCCCGCUGUUACGUGAUCAAAAUUUGCUUGCCUCUCUACGCCAUAUUGUUUUCAUUCGUGGCACUUGGUAUCCUUUCGGGCCUACUGAGAUUAAUGCAUAUUUGGGCACACCAAAUCAUCCUGCUUCUCCGGAUCCUAGUCCUCACUUGUUGGCAACUGCACUCACUCAUAAUAAAGUGGUUUCAUGGCCGAGUGAUGGAAUUUCAAGCUUGAAGCUCACAACUGUCUACUCCGUGCUUCUUCGCCUUGCAUCGGCGAAUUGGGUCCUGGCAGUCCGUCGCCAUCAAAAGAAAGAAGCCAAAGUCCAUCUCCCUUUUCCGUGUUUGAUUUAUGGGGUGCUUCAAGACCAUGGUUUUAUGCCCUAUAAGGAAGAAGUGAUUACAACUCCUGACAAUGCUUACAUUUUUGAUGAUCGACUUACACAACGAGGCUCAAGACUGGUUCCCAAAGAACCCCCAACAUUGGUUGAUCGUAGGCAGAUUGUGCUCACUCUUGAGGCCUCUAUUGCACAAGUUCAACAAUCGGUCACCCCUCAACAAGCAACCAUCUCUGGCCUUGUAAAGCUUCGUGAUGCACAGCUCGAAGAAACCUCGCUCGCAUAG